GUGCACUGGAUUUUUCUCGUUUUAUCUGCCGGAGUACUUUUCUUUUCGACUGCCUCCGCCGUGCUUCUUCUCAAUAUAGCUUACACGAUUGCUGGUGUGGAGGGCUCGCCGUUUCUUGAUAUUCUUUUAGGUGGCGAAAUUUCGCUAUCUCGCUUAUUGUCAAUUGGCGAGAGCAUACGCAGAGUGACACUAAUUUACUUAAUCCGAGACAAUGAGUUUCGUUUUUCGGGGAAGCAGAGCAGAUAUUGAAAGCGGAUUCCCGGGUUUUAUCCCGGAAAGGCGGGUCAUGAGGAUGCAACCGGGUAUUCGGCCUGUCAAUUCCAAUUCUAUGGCUUUCCUAAUCGCUGUUAUUUUGUUGUUUUUGAUACUGAAUUCACAUCAGAUGUCACCCAAUUUCUUGCUUUGGCUGGUUUUGGGUAUUUUUAUGAUGGCUACUGCAUUAAGGAUGUAUGCUACGUGCCAACAACUUCAAGCUCAGGCACAUGCAGUGGCAGCCAGCGGCUUGCUAGGACAUACUGAAUUGCGACUUCAUGUUCCUUCCUCUAUUGCUUUGGCUACAAGAGGAAGGUUGCAGAGUCUUCGACUCCAGUUGGCUCUUCUUGAUAGGGAGUUUGAUGAUUUAGAUUAUGAUGCUUUAAGAGCACUUGAUGCUGAUAGCCCAGAAAUUCCUUCUAUGAGUGAGGAGGAGAUCAAUGCGCUUCCUGUUCACAAGUACAAGGGAAAAUCCCGUCAAGGAUCUGCGUCUUCCAGACAAAGUUUUGGAAGCGUUGAUGGAACUUCACAACAGCUAGCAUCAUCAUCUUCAGGAUCUCCUAUCGAGAAAAAGCAAGACAAUUCCAAGACAGAUGGAAGUUUGAGGAACACAGAUGAUGAACUAACAUGUAGUGUAUGCUUGGAGCAAGUUCUUGCUGGAGAAAUGAUAAGAAGCUUGCCAUGCUUGCAUCAGUUUCAUUCAAAUUGCAUAGAUCCAUGGCUGAGGCAGCAAGGCACUUGCCCAGUCUGCAAGCACAAAGCUAGCGGUCCUGGUGGUGGGUGGCAUGGCGAUAGCAGCAAUGUUGAAAUGGAUGCUUCUUAUUUGGUCUAAAAACCCUAAACUAUGGUUGCUAAAGAACUAAUUCGUUUUGGCCCUCCACUGUAUAGUUAUAGUAUUUAAACUAUGCUGCUGCUUUUAAGCCCAGCCUGCCUGUACAGUUUAUGCUAACGGGUUUAUCGGAGUUUCAGCACCUCUAAUAUUUAUUUAGACUGGAAUUUGUGAUUUAUUCCUGUAUCAUAUUAUUAUUAUUAUUAUUUGGUGACUUAUAAAAUUGCAGUUGUGAUGA